CGGUGGUGUGGCAGCUAUUGAGAUUAAUUUCAGAGAUGCAUCACUUCAUAUUACUCUCCAUAAUUGUUAUGCAAGCACUGGUGUUUGGUACUAGUGUCCAUGAUGAGACCGUUAAUGAGUUUUCUGUCAAGGUUUACCAUGAGCUACGAGCCACUAAGGAUGAUGAAAACAUCAUCUUCUCUCCUCUGAGCACUGCCAUAGCUUUAGGGAUGGUGGAAUUGGGGGCACGUGGCUCUAGCCUUAAAGAGAUUCGUCAUGUCCUUGGAUACGACAAACUGAAGAAUGGUGAAGAAUUCUCUCUCUUAAAAGAUCUUUCCAGCAUGCUGACAGCCCAAGAAAAGCAUUAUGUGCUGAGCAUUGCAAACUCCCUUUAUUUACAGAAUGGAUUCCAUAUCAGCGACAAGUUCAUCCAGUUAAUGAAAAAAUACUUCAAGGCAGAAGUAGAGAAUGUAGACUUCAGUCAAGGUUCAACUGUAGCAAAUCACAUCAAUUUGUGGGUGGAAAACCACACUAAUAACCGGAUUCGGGAUCUUUUCACAGCUGACGACUUCAAUAAUUUGACAAAGUUAGUUCUGGUCAAUGCAAUGUACUUUAAAGGAAACUGGAAGUCGCAAUUUAGGCCUGAGAAUACUAGGACAUUUUCCUUCACUAAAGAUGAUGAGAGUGAAGUGCAAAUACCCAUGAUGUACCAAAAAGGAGAAUUUUACUAUGGGGAGUUUACUGAUGGAUCUAACGAGGCAGGCGGUGUUUAUCAAGUCCUAGAAUUGCCCUAUGAGGGGGAUGAAAUCAGCCUGAUAAUCGUUCUUUCCAGACAGGAGGUGCCGCUGGCCACAAUUGAACCUUUAUUGAAAGCCCAUUUGAUUGAAGAAUGGGCAAAGUCUGUGAAGAAACAGAAAGUGGAAGUUUACCUGCCGCGAUUCAAAGUUGAAGAAGUAGUGAACCUAAAGGAGGUCUUGAUGCGGCUUGGCAUCACUAAGAUAUUCUCUGGGGAAGCUGACCUGUCUGCUAUAUCUGAUAGCAAAGACCUUUUUGUUGCCAAAGCUGUUCACAAGUCUUUCUUGGAGAUUAAUGAAGAAGGUUCAGAAGCAGCUGCAAGUUCUGGCAUGAUUGCGAACAGUAGAAUGGCAGUUCUGUACCCCCAGGUUAUUGUUGAUCACCCAUUUUUCUUUGUAAUUAGAAACCGGAAAACUGGAUCAGUCUUGUUUAUGGGAAGGGUCAUGCAUCCAGAAACACUGACUACUACCGGCCAUGAUUUUGAAGAGCUCUAAGCCGACGCUGACGCCCAUCCGAAAUAGUGAAGCACAUGUUUGCUAAGAAUACAUUUCAAUGUUUGUAUGUUUGUAACUGUCUAAAAAAAAAUGAGAUGUUUUCUCAAAACCCUGCCUGCAGGUAUUGUUUCUCCUGCUGUGUUUGUGAUUGUUGUGAAAGCUUGCCAAAUAAACUUGUAUUAAUGUGAACUAUAUUUUUUUAGAGUAUUUCAAAAGUUCUGAUUAUUCUAUAUAUAAAUAUAUCAAAAGUGUCUUCGUAAGGAUGUAAGUGAAAUAUUGCUUCUGUGUUGCACUAUAAAAUUGUGUUUUGGAAUUA